UGAAAAAUACUAUAAUAUUAUUGAAGUUAUUGUCUAGAGAUCACUAUUUUAAUAUAAAAUCAGUAAUCAUUGCUUACAAUAGUCACCAAAUGAGUUCAAUUAGUAAGAAAAAUGUUGAUUUGGGCGCGAUGCGAAAGCCCUACAGUACUAAACAACAGAUCUUAUUGGAGACACAAUUGGAGUCCAAAAAUCCAUUGAAAUUAUUUGACAUAUGGUUUGAUGAGAUCAAGAAAUGCGGCAAAAUUUAUGAACCAAAUGCUGUCUGUUUGGCCACAAGUGAUAAAAACGGUCGCCCAUCGGCUCGUAUGGUAUUACUGAAGGCUUAUGGAGAUCAGGGAUUCACUAUAUUCACAAACUAUGAGAGUCGGAAGGGACAGGAAAUGAUCCAAAAUCCAAACGCUUCUCUAUUAUUUUAUUGGGAUGUCUUCAACCGYCAGGUGCGCAUUGAAGGCAGAGUAGAGAAAGUGUCCGAAGAGGAAUCGGUGCAAUAUUUCAAAUCGAGACCGCGGGCCAGUCAACUGUCCGCACGUAUUAGUCAACAAAGUAAACCCAUAGAUAGUAGAGAUAAAAUGGUUGAUAUAUAUAAUGAAGAAGAGAUAAAAUAUCCGAAUGAUAUACCGAAACCUCACUUUUGGGGCGGUUUUACUAUAGUGCCCGAAGUUUAUGAGUUCUGGAUGGGACAGACAGAUAGACUACACGAUAGGAUUCGCUUUUUCAAAUCAGACGAUAACCAGAAAGUCGACGGUAUUAUCACUAAAUUGGGUGAAGACGGCUGGGCUUAUCAAAGAUUACAGCCAUAAAUAUAUAUCUUUAAAUGGA